ACGUCCCCUGCGUUGUGUUUCCACGGUAAGCGGUGUGCCACUCGUUUUCGUUGCUGAGGAAGCGUCCGUGCUCGGCGGGUAUAAAUAAGGACUGGAACCCAUCAGCAGUUGGCAUCUACCGAGAUCUGAAAGGAGUCCUCCCUCUUUCUCCAUCCUCUCUUCCUUCUCCAGGUUUUGGUCUCUUUCUUGGACCUCUUCAGCUCGAGCUCCAGCCUUGUUUCUUGUCAUCUCGUUCAGCAGAUCCGAGACUCCUUUCAUCCUGUCCAUCCAACUCUCCAUUCAUCAGAAUCACACAUCAGCCAUCAUGAAUAUGCCCUCUGGCACCACCAUGGCUGCUGGCUCCAGCCCCACUGGCAGUGCCAUGAACAGCUCCAUGAGCGACAUGAUGGGCAUGGGCGGCUCAUGCCAGAUUUCCAUGCUCUGGAACUGGAACGUCAUUGACGCCUGCUUCAUCUCCGAGUCCUGGCAGAUCAAGUCCAAGGGCAUGUUCGCCGGCUCCUGCAUCGGCGUCAUCCUCCUCGUCAUGGCCCUCGAGUUCCUCCGCCGCCUGUCCAAGGAGUACGACCGCUUCAUCGUCCAGCAGCACGCCGCCAAGUUCCAGGAAUCGUCCCCUGCCGCCGUCACCGCCGCAGCCAGGCCCGCUGCCCCAGCCGAUGCCACCAAGACGGGCCUCGAGUCCGUCAACAGCCGCGAGCUGGCUUGCCCUGCCGCCGCCGCCAUGCCUCCCUUCCGGCCCAGCGUGCUCCAGCAGGCAGUCCGUGCGUUGAUACACAUGGUUCAGUUUGCUGUCGCGUACUUUGUCAUGCUGCUGGCCAUGUACUACAACGGUUACUUCAUCAUCUGCAUCUUCAUCGGUGCCUACCUUGGCUCCUUCAUCUUUCAGUGGGAGACUCUGAGCGUCGGCCGAAGCAAACCAGUGCUGCCAACGAGGCUACCGUCUGCUGCGGCUAGAUGCAACUUUCGACACUCUUGGAUGUU